UCAUUAACAACCCCUAAUGAGCCCCUUCAUUAGCGAAUGAAGGCCAAUUCCCCCCUAUGCUAAUUCCCCCCUAUGCUAAUUACCCCCUAUGCUAAUUACCCCCUAUGCUAAUUACCCAAUAUGCUAACUACACCUCUAUGCUAAUUACCCCCUAUGCUAAUUAACCCCCUAUGCUAAUUACCCCCCAUGCUAAUUACCCCCCCAUGCUAAUUACCCCCCCAUCAUCAUCAUGCGGGUGACCCCCUGCCAAGCCAGCCUCGCCGCCGCCAUCGGCCUCAACCUCCUCCUCCUCCUCUAUUGGAUCCGUCCUCAUGCUCCGGUGCCUCCAUCCUCCUGCCGCAUCCCCCGCGGCAUUCCCGGUGUCACCGUCCUGCUCCGGGAAUACAACCCUAUGGAUAACGACCUAGUGGGAACGUCGCGUUCCUUCAUCCCACAGCACCCGGUGCUGGUGGUGACGGACUCGGUGCUGUACCCGCCGCUCCCGUUGCCUCCCGGCGUCGCGGUAUUCCCGCUGCGUCCCGUUCCCGAGCUCCCGGCUCCGCUGGCGCAUCCCGAGCGCCUGGUGCGCACGCGGCACGUGGCUCUGGUUCCGGAUGGGACCCGCGCGGUGCCAGGGCUGCUGGAGCGGAUGCGGGAUGCGCUGGAGGACGGGAACGGUGAGGCCCGGAUGGCGGCGGCGCCGGUGGGGGCGAGGCCGCUGCGGUGCCUGGAGGUGAGGCUGGAAGCGCGGGAAUGGACCGUGCGCUACCGGGAUGCUACUGGGAGCACUGGUCUGUGCCAGGCCGUGGAUGGUGCUGCCGUGUUCCUGCUGCGCUCCCGGGAUCUCUUUGCCCUCCCGUUCCCAUUGGAUCGCCCGGUGGCUCAGGCGCUCUUCAUCCAAGCGGCAUUCCGAGGCUGGAAGCUGCGCGUGGUGCCCGCGGCAUUCCCGCUAUCCCGACGCCUUCCCCUCGCCCCUCACCUCCAAUGGGAAACCCAAACCGAGCUGGAAACCCAGCGGCUGAUGCGGGAUCUGGGAAUCAAACGGGAAGUGCUUCCCGACGGCCGGGAACGCUGGUAUGGAUGCGGGAAGGACACGACCCGCUGCUUCGGGACCAUCCAUGCGGGAACACCCCAAUACAUCCUGACUGGGCGCUGGACCCCCCCCUGCUGCCUGCGGGCGCUGCGGGAGACCGCUCGGCACGUGGUGUCCAUACUGGAAUCAUCCGGAAUCCGGUACUGGUUGGAAGGGGGAUCCUUACUGGGAGCCGUGCGCACGGGGGACAUCAUCCCAUGGGAUUACGAUGUGGAUCUGGGGAUCUACAAGGAGGACAUCGGGAAGUGCCGCUGGUUGGCGGCGGCCGCGGCCGGGAACGCGGUGGAGGAUCCCGAAGGAUUCCUAUGGGAAAAGGCAUCCGAGGGGGAAUUCUACCGGGUGCAUUACAGCCGGAGCAACCGGCUCCAUGUGGAUCUGUGGCCCUUCUAUUCCAGAGGGGGGGUGAUGACCAAGGACACGUGGUUGGGGCACCGGCAGGAUGUGGAAUUCCCGGAGCGGUUCCUGCAGCCUCGGGAGCCCUUGGAAUUCGUGGGAAUGAUGAUGAUGGCACCAAACAGAGCUCGGGAAUUCCUGGAGUUCAAGUUCGGGGCUGGAGCCAUCGAGAAUCCCGAGUAUCCCAAUCCCAGUGUUAAGAGGAUGGGGAAGGAGUGAGGGGGAGAUGGGGAAUUCCGGGAUACAAAGGGGUUGGGAUGAGGAAUCCUGGGAUACAAAUGGGUUGGGAUAGGGAAUCCCAGGACACAAAGGGGUUGGGAUGAGGAAUCCCAGGACACAAAGGGGUUGGGAUGAGGAAUCCCAGGACACAAAUGGGUUGGGAUGAGGAAUCCCAGGAUACAAAUGGGUUGGGAUGAGGAAUCCCAGGAUACAAAUGGGUUGGGAUGAGGAAUCCCAGGACACAAAGGGGUUGGGAUGAGGAAUCCCAGGACACAAAGGGGUUGGGAUGGGGAAUCCCAGGAAUCCUGUCCAUGUGUGUCCCCCAUUGACAAUAA